GCCGUCGUAAGCGGAGGCCUCGAACGGCAAACGGUUUUCCGGUUCGCGCGACGGAAGUGACGCAAAUGUGGCGCGCCGCAGCGCCCAUCGAGGAACCCGGGUCACGAUGAACCGGGUCCUCAGUGUGCCCGCGGCAAGGGCCGUCCGGGUGCUGAGGCCAGGGCGCAGGGCUUCCGGAAGCCUGCCUUCGCCUCCCGGUACCGGGGCUCGCGCCCAGCCCACGGCCCGGGGCGAGGAGGACGACCUCAGUCGUGCCGUUCACUUUUCCUCCAGCAGAGCCAGCCCGUCCUGCUGGAGAGUGGAGCGUUCCCUGGGAAGGGAGCAGCAGAGACCCUGGUGGAGGGUCCUGCCCUGCAGCCUGGCCCUCCUGGUUCUGGUCGUCUGGUGCUUCCUUAGGCGGGAGACCGGCGCGGAUCACUGGCUGAGACAGGUGCUGGAGGAACAGGAGCCGGAGCCCAGCGAUCGUCCUGAGGCGCACGGAACUCCGGCCGCCGCCAGGGCGAGAGCUUAGGGCGGCGCCCGCGGCGCUCAGCGAGGGAACAGGCAUCCGUCCGUAGGCUUCGACGUUGCGUUUGACCGUUUCUGUCCUGCUUACACGCGUCCCCGAACUGACGGACUUGGGUGGCGCGCCUGGCCGCGCUGACCCCCGUGGAAGCAGAGCAGAAUGCCAGCAGAUCGCAGCCGGCUCUUUGCCUGAUAGUCGAUGCCCAGCGAAUCCGUGCAAAAGAUUUCAGAUCCAGAGGAAAGGUGUCGGUUGCAGCGUGUGCUUUUGGAUUUGUGGUCUUUGUACAGCGUUGCCAUGUUUUGGGAGCAGUUCUGGUGAUACCUGUAAUCCAGUGUAAACCAGUUUGCAGCUCAUUCGCUUUCUGACACAGAGUAACUGGCAGAAGAGCUAUUAACCUUGUUAUUUUAUAAUGUACUGUGGUGGGUAUAAAUUGGUGUUAGUUUUACAAACUAACAAAUCGACAAUAAGUCUUAAUUUGGUGAUGUGAAAUUAAGCCAAGUGCCCCCCCACACCGUCCCGUGCCCCCCCCCCCAUUUUUUGUUUUUGCAUCUCAUUAAAAAAGGAAGCCUUUUAAGCCCUCCCAUCAAUUCUUUUGUUUACCUUUUUUUCCACAAUAGGAAUUGAGGAAAUAAGUCUAUAUGAAUUGUGGAAUACAUUGUCAAACAGUACCAGAAAUAAUGAACUUUUCUCAGCUCUGCGAAUCUCUAUUUUUAGCAAAGCAACGAUUUACUAGAAUGAAACUGAGGAGUAUUUCUUUUGACAAAUAUUACAGGGUGAUAUUUUGAGUAAGUAAAUGAUAAUAUGUUUUCCAAGUACUGCCUAAUAGGAAACCUUAAUUCAGAAUUAAAUACAAAAUAAUAAAGGGAAGCUUUUAUUUACUUAAGCUUCUAGUGGAAGGUUUUAUCUUUGUAUGUCUUUGGUGCCAAAGUUAUUUGGAGGUUUCUCCCCUUGAUGUUCGAGGGCCACUGGCUGUAUGGCAAUAGAAUGGCUUCUCACGAGACCUCUGCAGAAGUGCUCUAAAUGUCUGGCAAACCUCGGUAAAUUAUAUUUCUCAGGGAGGUGGGGCGUAUACAAGUAUAUUCACUUUUUAAAGAUGGAGAGACCAGGAUUUGACCUAAACAUAGCUCAGGCUACACUGUCAGUAGGAGCAAGAAACUAAGACCACCUUUCUGGCCUGGCAUGGUUGUGACCUGUUUGGUUGUGUUAUUUUGUUUCAGCAAUAGUCAUUCAAACUGAACCUAUACUUUGCUCUCACUAGCUCGUGCAGGAAAAAAGUCCAAAACUAAUGAGAAGAAUUUUUUUGUUUUAAUUAGAAGUGACUGUGAUACAGAAAAUGCAAGAUGAUGCAUCUGGAAAAGACAGACACUUUAUGAGCAAAAGGAUGAGAAUGAGAGACGCCAGCAGCCCUGCUGCCUCCGAUAGCCACUGUGAUCGCUGUGGUGGGUCUUCCCACAUGUUUUUUGUGUGUAUGUAAAUAGACAGUUUUUCAGGAACACAGUGGAGUUGUGCUUUUGAGGAUACAUCACACCACAUGCAACAGGUCCUGAGUGCCUCCAGGGUGGCCAUCCUCAGGUAGGGAUGGGCUUUGUCAUGAGCAAAAGGGGGACCCAAGGCCAGCUGGUGACUUUGGUCGUACCCUCCUGACACCUGUGCUUUUCAAAGGGGUGGCUGCAGAGCAAGUGAAUAAGUAAACCGUUGUUUUAGCCCU